AUGAAGCUGAAAAACAGUUUUAGGGAGGCCGAUCCGGUCACGGUGCAGAGGGGCUAUGGUUUCAGGCCAAACCAACCAGCUGUUGUUCAUCAGACAAGAUGCAGAUGGAUCAUUGGAGAUGUGACCGAGGUGUUUGAUCAUAACACAUGGAAGCUUGGCAAGAUUGCAAAGAUUGUGAAGAAUGAUUACUUUGUCAUCAGGCUCGCCGACUGCAUCCAGUUGAAAGAGUUCCACAUUUCUAGCUUGAGGGUUCCACAACCACAAGAUGCUCCCACAGCUCCUCCUUAUGGCAAGCAGUUCCCUGCAGCUGAUAACAAGGUGACCCGAAGGGGCAAGCAGCUGCCUGCUGAUGUGCUGAGAAGAUCAGGCAAGAAGAGGAAAUCGUCCGAAGUUCUUGAUUUCUCUCCUCAGCCAAGCCAGAGGAGACUCUUCCAGGUGGCCAGGGAAGAGGCCGCCGCCGCGGAGUGCUCGGUGGCGAGCUGCAGCUCCGCGAACGACGACGCUGGCGGCGUCGGCGUCGGCAGCGGCCGGCACGGGGGCUGCUGCUCCGUGGGGCGCGGCGACGCCCAGUCGCGCGUGGUGGCCGCCUCCCCGCGCGCCGCGUGGUCGUCGUCGGACUCGGACGGCGCGCUGAGCGACGGCGGGCCGGCGGGCGUGGACGUGCACGAGCUGGAGCUGGAGGCGUACCGGUCGACGGUGCGCGCGCUGCACGCGUCCGGGCCGCUGACGUGGGAGCAGGAGUCGCUGCUCACCAACCUGCGCCUCUCCCUCAACAUCUCCAACGAGGAGCACCUCCUCCAGCUCCGCCGCCUGCUCUCCUCCUGA